AUGAGCUACUCUCUCUACGACGGAACCAUCGGUCAGGCUAAAGCCGCCGUCUCUUCCCUGAUCCACCUCAUCGAGCUGGCCGAGCAACAACCCAAUGCCGAUGCCCUUCUCAAUGCCUCUCUUCACACCGACAUGAAGGGCUUGACCUUCCAGGUCUUCAUUGUUCUCUGGCUCACCGAGACAAUGCUGGCCAAAUUGACCGGUCGGGAGGCCGUGGAUGUCGCCAACGACCUUACUACAUACGCCGAGAUCAAGGCGCGCCUUGGAGCACUGCUCAAGCAGCUCACUGAGGCCGACAAGGAUAAUGUCAACAACCACAGCGCCGAUGUGGCCUCCGUCAAGUUCGGACCGAACGACCUCGGAGAGAUGUCUGCGGCUACUUUCGCCACUACUCUUGCCAUUCCCAAUGUUUACUUCCAUGUUGUUACCGCUUAUGGUAUCUUGAGAAAGGAGGGAGUGCCGCUGGGUAAGAGUGACUAUCUUGCUGCCUUCCGUGCUGCUCCCGCGUGUUAG